GGUAGCCGGGAAGGUGGGUGGACACUAUAAAUACCUGCUUUGUUCAUCUCGUAGUCCUUGUACCGUUGAGCUUCGCCUUCUAAUUGAGCUCUGGUUCGGUUGGCGUUUUAGCUCGAUUUCUUCCUCUAUUUCAGAUCUACGCUGCCGAUUUCAUCAGAGAUGGAGACCUUUCUAUUUACCUCAGAAUCCGUAAACGAGGGUCAUCCCGACAAGCUCUGUGACCAGAUCUCCGACGCGGUGCUUGACGCCUGCCUAGCUCAGGACCCCGACAGCAAGGUCGCAUGUGAGACCUGCAGCAAGACCAACAUGGUCAUGGUCUUUGGAGAGAUCACCACCAAGGCCAAUGUGGACUAUGAAAAGAUUGUUCGAAUGACACUGAACGCGCGAAACAUUGGAUUCAUUUCCGACGAUGUGGGUCUUGAUGCUGACAACUGCAAGGUCCUGGUUAACAUUGAGCAGCAGAGCCCAGAUAUCGCUCAGGGUGUUCACGGCCACUUCACAAAGCGCCCUGAGGAGAUUGGCGCUGGUGACCAAGGGCACAUGUUUGGCUAUGCCACUGAUGAAACCCCUGAAUUGAUGCCUCUUAGCCAUGUCCUCGCCACCAAACUGGGUGCUCGCCUCACUGAAGUUAGAAAGAACGGCACCUGCCCCUGGUUGAGACCUGAUGGCAAGACCCAAGUCACUGUUGAAUACUACAACGACAAUGGCGCCAUGGUACCCGUCCGUGUCCACACAGUUCUGAUCUCCACCCAACACGACGAAACCGUCACCAAUGACGAAAUCGCCACAGACCUCAAAGAGCAUGUCAUCAAGCCAAUCAUCCCCGAGAAGUACCUCGACGAGAAGACCAUCUUCCACCUUAACCCUUCAGGCCGUUUUGUCAUUGGUGGCCCUCAUGGUGAUGCAGGUCUUACGGGACGCAAGAUCAUCAUCGACACCUACGGUGGUUGGGGAGCUCACGGUGGUGGUGCUUUCUCCGGAAAGGAUCCCACCAAGGUCGACAGGAGUGGUGCCUACAUUGUGAGACAGGCUGCUAAGAGCAUUGUCGCCAGUGGGCUUGCACGUAGGUGCAUUGUCCAAGUCUCUUACGCCAUCGGUGUGCCAGAGCCACUAUCCGUUUUCGUCGAUACAUACAAAACCGGGAAGAUCCCCGACAAGGAAAUCCUGGAAAUCGUGAAGGAGAACUUCGACUUCAGGCCAGGAAUGAUCACCAUCAACCUUGAUCUAAAGAGGGGUGGCAAUGGCAGAUUCUUGAAGACUGCAGCAUAUGGACACUUCGGAAGGGACGACCCAGAUUUCACCUGGGAAACUAUCAAGCCACUCGAGUGGGAGAAGCCUCAAUCUUAAAUGGAUAGCGGAUUCGUUUGGUGGUCUCUAAUUCCUUACAAUUCAAUAUCUGGGGAUUGUUGUUACUUCAUGAUGAAUGAUUUUCGUGUUAUCUUUUUUCUUUUUUCUGCUGCUUUAUGUUCUCCAAAGCAAAUUAUAUUCGUUCUAUUUCCUUUUCCUAGUUUAAAUCUUCUUGUAAUAUUUUUAAUAUUCUAAAUACUAUCAAUGGAAUGAAAAAUCAUUUUGUUAAAAGCC